AUGAUGUUUCCGCCGUCGCAGCAGCUAAACGUAGAUGCUAGGGCCAUCAGUGGCAUAGUGGGGUCGAUAUCAAUUUCCUGCUGGAUUGUAGUAUUCUCACCACAGAUAAUAACCAAUUUCCGGCGAGGUUCCGCCGAAGGCCUGUCAUUGGCCUUCCUCAUUGUCUGGCUCGCUGGCGACGUCUUCAAUGUCCUCGGUGCAGUUCUACAGGGCGUAUUGCCCACCAUGGUAAUCCUCGCCGUCUACUACACCAUUGCAGAUAUUGUCCUUCUCUUCCAAUGCCUCUACUACAAGCGCCUCAAUUCAAAUCCCACGCUGCACGACCCCGUCCCUACCAUAACCAUCAGCGUCGACGGCUCGCACCUCUCCCCCGCCACUCCUCUCCUCGACCCCCUCUCCAAAGAUAUACUCCUUGAGCGGCCCCAAAGUCUCGCACAGACUAUCCUCUUCAACCUCACAGCCAUCCUCAGCGUCUGCAUCGCUGGCGUCUUCGGCUGGUGGAUCAGCGAGGCCGAGUAUCCGCACCAUGACGACCCCACCUCCCCUCCAGCCGACAUCCAGUUCUCACAACUCGGCCAGGUCUUUGGCUACCUCUGUGCAGUCCUCUACCUUGCCAGCCGCCUGCCACAGAUCCUGCUCAACUACCGGCGUAAGUCGUGCGACGGCAUUAGUCUGCUGUUCUUCUUGUUUGCCUGCUUGGGCAACUUGACGUAUGUGGUGUCGAUAUUAGCCUAUGUGCCGCGCGCGAGCAAUGCGGAUGAGGCCAGGGACGAGUACAGGAAGUAUGUGGCGGUGAAUGCGAGCUGGUUGUUGGGUAGCUUUGGCACGUUGGGGCUGGACUUGGCGAUUUUCGCACAGUUCUUUUGGUAUAGGGAUCUAGUGGGGGAGUGUGAGCGCGAGUAUGAAGAGGAGAGUAGUGUGUUGAGUAGUGAUGAUGAGGCCGAUUUAGAUGUGAGAGUAUGCGUGGGGUAG